GGAUGUUGGUUCUCACAGUAUUAUCGUCCGGUGCAACAACACGGUGGCUCUCGGGCCGAUUUUCUCGCACAAUAUUAUCACAACGAGUCGGACCGAAAUAAGCGGCGCUCUUUCUGGUUCCGUGUUGAAAAGUUAGAGGAACGAAACAUGCAGGACCCAAAUGAAGACACCGAGUGGAACGACAUCCUGAGAAAGAAGGGAAUUCUUCCUCCUAAAGACACCCAGAAGGAGGAUGAGGAAGAGGAGCAGAUCCUUCAGCAGCAGUCAGUUGUGAAGACGUAUGAGAACAUGACGCUGGAGGAGCUGCAGGACAAUGAGGAUGAGUUCAGUGAGGAGGACGAAGUUGCCAUUGAGAUGUACAGGCAGAAGAGGCUCGCUGAGUGGAAAGCAAAGCAGCUGCAGAAUGUAUUUGGCGAAGUGAAGGAGAUUUCAGGUCAAGACUAUGUUCAGGAAGUAAACAAGGCCGGAGACAAGAUCUGGGUGGUGCUGCAUCUCUACAAACAAGGCAUCCCUUUAUGCACGCUGAUCAAUCAGCACUUGGCCUCAUUGGCACAGAAGUUUCCAGACACUAAAUUCCUGAAGUCAAUCUCCACAACGUGUAUCGCUAAUUAUCCGGACAGAAAUCUGCCUACCAUCUUUGUUUAUCAUGAAGGAGAAAUGAAGGCGCAGUUCAUCGGGCCACUUGUGUUUGGAGGAAUGAACCUCAAAUGUGAUGAGCUGGAAUGGCGUUUGGCUGAAUCUGGUGCGGUGAAAACAGACUUGGAGGAAAAUCCAAGGAAACAGAUCCAGGACCAGUUGAUUUCAUCCAUCCGCUGCUCAGCACCGACCCGCAAAGACAGCGAUGAAUCUGAUGAUGACUGAUUUGGGAUAGGUUUAAUUUUUUCAGUUCUGAAGACGUUUGGACAUUU